GUUGAAAUUAGAGUUUUAUUAAUUACAAGUAUAUUAAGAUGUUCAGCUCGAUUCAAAUAAAACAGGAAUACAAUAGCGUGGAUGAUAGAAAUCAAAAUAUGGUUGGUGGGCAAGGAAAUAUUGAUUAUUCUGUAUUUAAUAAUCAAAAUGUUGAAUACACAUACCAUCAAUUGCCACAUUUUUGGGAUCAAGCGCUCCAAGUUCAAACUAAUCAAUAUCCUAAAGAUUUUUCCCAAAAAGUUGAUGGGAUUUCACGACAGGAUACACCUCGAGUUAAUCAAAGCAUACCUUCGAAUUACAUAAAUCAUCAUAUACAACAAUAUCAACAGCAGCAGCAACAACAACAACAACAACAACAACAACAACAACAACAACAACAGCAGCAGCAGCAGCAACAUAAUUCCUUCACUGCAAAUCAACAAACUGACGAAGAUCAGUCUCAAAUAAAUCAAAUAAAUCAAUCAAAUAUGGAAGCUGGACGCAUAGAAUCUAGAGUUACUCCUUCUAUCAACAAUAGUACUUUAAUAAGUCCAUCGCUUACAGCGUCUCAAUCAAGUUCUUCAAUUAUUAAACGUAGUACUCCUGGUAGACCAUCAAAAUCGACAAAUUCGAGCGGCAGUCCUGGAAAAAAACUUAAAUGUCAAUGUGAAAUUUGUUUUAAAGAGUUUGGACAUAAAAGUAAUCUUUUUAUUCAUAUGAGAACUCAUAAUGGCGAAAGACCAUAUAAGUGUAAACAGUGUGAUAAGUGUUUUACACACAGUGGAAAUUUAGCAAUUCAUAUGAGAACGCAUUCUGGAGAAAGGCCAUAUGCUUGUCAGGUUUGUGGAAAGAUGUUCAGUCACAGUGGAAAUUUAUCUACACAUUUACGAACACACUCUGGUGUUAAGCCUUACAAAUGCAACGUUUGUGCUAAAGAAUUUCGCCAUAGUGGAAAUCUUUCCAUACACGAAAGAAUUCACUCUGGUAUCAAACCUUUUCAAUGUAAAGUUUGUGGCAAAGAAUUUUAUCACAGUGGAAAUUUAACAACGCAUAUGAAAAAACAUCCAGUUACUAUUUUAACUGAACAAGGUGAAAACAAUGUAAUUCCUUUGAGUACAGAGUAUACCUGUAGUAAUGCUGACAAAGUUAAGGAAGCUGAUUCAAUAUUAAUUUCAAAUUCAAACGAUUUGGAUAAUACGAUACAAAGUUCAAGUGAUGUGGUAGCAGUAGAUGAGUUAGAUAAAGAAUCAAAAACAAGCUAAUAGAUUUAAGAUUUGCUUCUUAAGCUAUAAUGUAUCUUUUAAGCAGGGAAUAGUUGCCUAUUUUUAUCAUUAAUUUCAAUUUUUGUAGAAAUAAUUCAGUUUUUAUAACUUUUCGUUUCAAAAAUUAUAAGCCAAUAGCUUGCACAAUGCUAAGAAUUAUAAAUGAUUUCUUUUUACCAAUGUAAUAAUUAAAUUACAUUAACUUAUUAGCAUCAGUAUAUCGAUGGUUACCAAAUACUGCCUUUUCUACCAAAGAUUGAAAUUAAUAUUUAAACAAGCUCUACUCUCUGAAAAUAAUUCUUCAUACAAAUAAAUUA